GAAUUUGCCAACUGAAAGGCCCGGGCUUUGUGGUUUUAUUCCGAGCCUAAGGUAGAAAUCUUGAGAGGACAAGACAGACCCAGCAUCAGUGGAUGUCACCGCAGCAAAACAAGGAUGGAUGAGGAGUUACCAGAUGGGGUUGUCUUCAAAGACCACAACUUCUCCUCUGACUUGUUAAGACAGCUCAAUGGCUUAAGACAGAGCAAGAUCCUGACUGAUGUGAGCAUCUGCUCUGGGACCUGGGAGGUCCCUUGCCACCGCAACGUGCUGGCCUCCAGCAGCCCCUACUUCAAGGCCAUGUUCUGCAGCCACUUCCGGGAGAGCAGAGAGGCCAAGGUGCAGCUAAAAGGCAUCAGUUCCACGACUCUGGAGCAGGUCAUCACGUAUGUGUACACAGGAGAGGUGCAUAUCUCAGCUGCCAGCGUCCUUCCGCUGAUGGAGGCAGCUGCCAUGCUGCAGUAUCCCCGGAUGUUUGAGGCCUGCUCCUCAUACCUCCAGAGCCAGCUGGCCCCCAGCAACUGCCUGGGCCUGGUCAGACUCGCAGAAAUCUUAAACUGCGACAGCCUUAAGAAAAAAGCGAGGGAGGUGGCCCUGACUUACUUCCCAGAGGUGGCAGCAUCAGCUGACCUGAAGGAGCUCUGUGCCAUGGAGCUGCAGGACUACCUGGGAGAUGACAGGCUCUGUGGAGAGGAGGAAAAGGUGUUUGAGGCCCUCAUGGCUUGGGUAAAGCAUGAUCUCCAAGCCCGGUGGAGGUACAUGCAGGAACUGUUGCAGCAGGUUCGUCUGCAGUAUAUCCACCCAGCCUUCUUCCAUAACUUCAUCGCCAAUGAUGCCCUCCUCCAGUCCUCACCUGCUUGCCGAGCCAUCCUGGAGAUGGCCAGGAAGCAGAUAUUCUCUUUGUAUGGUCCCAAUGCCCAGGAUUGUAAACUCCUAUGGCACAUGCCCCCACGGAGCUCCUACCAAGACUUCCUCCUCCUCCUUGGGGGACGGAAGGACAACCAGCAGACCACCAGGGAUGUCUUGCUCUACAGUGUACAGACUGGCCAGUGGCAGAGCCUAGCCAAACUUCCCACAAGGUUGUACAAGGCCUCAGCUGUUACCUUGCACCGAAGCGUCUAUGUGCUCGGGGGCAUGGCUGUCAGUGAGGGGAAGAGUCUCAUCAGCUGUGGUGUUUAUAUCUUCUCUCUGAAACUCAACCAGUGGAGGAUGGGGGAGCCCAUGCUGGCAGCCCGCUACUCCCAUAGAAGCACUGCCCACAGGAACUUCAUCUUCUCCAUUGGGGGUACUGGAGAAGGGCAGGAGCUUCUGGGCUCCAUGGAGAGGUAUGACAGCAUCUGUGAUGUCUGGGAGAGCAUGGCCAGCAUGCCAGUGGCUGUGCUCCAUCCUGCUGUUGCAGUGAAGGACCAAAGGCUCUAUCUUUUUGGGGGUGAAGACAUCAUGCAGAACCCCGUGCGCCUUAUCCAGGUUUACCACAUUUCCAGAAACACGUGGUACAAAAUGGAGACAAGGAUGAUCAAGAACGUGUGUGCCCCCGCAGUGGUACUGGGGGAAAAGAUCGUCAUUGUAGGAGGUUAUACAAGGAGGAUUCUUGCUUAUGAUCCUCAGUCCAACAAAUUUGUCAAGUGUGCAGACAUGAAAGACCGAAGGAUGCACCAUGGGGCCACGGUGAUGGGGAACAAGCUAUACGUAACAGGUGGACGGCGGCUGACCACAGACUGUAACAUCGAGGACUCGGCUUCCUUUGACUGCUAUGACCCAGAGACGGACACCUGGACAUCCCAGGGACAGCUACCUCACACACUCUUUGACCAUGCCUGCCUGACUCUCCAGUGUAUACCCCACAUGCCCAGCCUCUCCUGAGGGCCACAUGAACUUAUCUGGGUUCAAAAAUCUGUGUGUUGGAAGAGACUGCAACCCGGCUCUAGAGCCUAGAGCUGAGGGGAGUCAAAAUUACCACUCUCCACAGAGUAGCCUUCUUUUUAAAAUGCCAGUGGAUGCUUUUUGAAAAUUCCAUCCUUACCUCUUGAACCAAUGUCAGAGACUGCACUAUUAUAACUGGAUAGGUCUAGUUCACAUCCCUCCAGAUGGAAGUGGGGUUAACUACUUGAUUGACAGCCCAAACUACAUUAAAUAAGACAGAAGAGGUUUCUCAGAGGAAAAAAGGAUUCUGGACAGGGACAUAGUCACACACAUGGACACACACAUGGGGACACACACACCCUUGCCCAGGUCACCCCUAACAUCCAGAGUGAGAGGCCCAAGGGACCCAAGAGAAACUUUGAACCUUUGGAAUCACCCCUCAGGCCAGGUGACAGAAUCUGUGACUGUUUCUAUACAUUCUAUGGAUACAGCACAUUGAAAGUAGGCUCAGUUCAGUAUCUACAUAGGGUUUGCAAAAUUAUCCUGCAGUGAAGAACAUAAGAACAGAACAAAAUUUGCUUCCAGUGCCUGUUUUCUUCCAGGCUCCAGGAAGCUAUAAAGCCGCAGAAUUAAACCAGAGCUUCACUUCAGUAAGUGUUGUGAGAAUGGGCUUUCUGGGGAAAGCCAAAAGAUUCUCUCAGCCAGCCUCUGGAUGUCAGAGAUGAC